ACCAACAUGUUAUAUAUAACCAAUAUGUUCCGUUUCCAUGGUUUACAAAUCCCCGCUAGAACACGUGGCACUCCAGAAACAGGCCCACCAUAUUGGGACAUGGAGGUUCUACUCCUGCUUGAUGGGGUUCCUGCUAAAUUGGUGCCAACGCAAACCAACGUGUCUUUUGCAGAGUACUUCCUUUGGUUCUGCUCCUGGGUUUGUCGCUGAGCGUCCCGGAACUUCAGGAAGAUGAAGAAAGGGAGAAUGCGGCCCUCUUUCUCGGACAAGAAGUCCAGAACUGCGGCCCGUCUGCCUCCUGGACCAUAGGUGGGACGGCUCUCCUGCCCGGGCGGGGGGGAAAGAUUAGGCUAACUGCGAUUCCUCCCCCUUGCCUCCACCUUCCCCGGGAGCGGAUAAAGAGCAGCCCCAAGGCGGAGUCGCGAGACAGACCGUGGGAAGGAAAAUGACUCGACCCGCAGGCGCAGCGCUUCGGCGGCUGCGGCACCUCUUCUCGCAACUCUCCCGCUCCGCACAGCUGGCAGCGGUCCCGCGAUCGACGGCUUCCUAUAGCACUGCAAUAACCUCAGCUAAAGUAGAAGUGAAUGGCGUCCACCUGCACUACCAACAGACUGGAAAUGGGAAUCAUGUCGUCCUGCUAUUCCCUGGCAUGUUAGGCAGUAGUCAGACUGAUUUUGAACCACAGCUGAAGUAUAUGAACAAGCAGAUUUUUACUGUUGUUGCCUGGGAUCCUCGAGGAUAUGGAAAAUCAAUCCCCCCAGUUAGAGAUUUUCCUCCAGACUUUUUUGAAAGAGAUGCAAAAGAUGCCAUUGACUUGAUGCAGGCACUGAAGUUUCAGAAGUUCUCUUUGCUGGGAUGGAGUGAUGGUGGAAUAACCGCACUCAUUGCAGCUGCAAAACAUCCAGAUCUGAUCCACAAAAUGGUGGUGUGGGGAGCCAACGCAAAUGUUACAGAAGAGGAUAUGAAACUUUACAAUGCUAUCCGUGAUGUUUCAAAAUGGAGUGAAAAAGCAAGAAAGCCAAUGGAAGAAAUGUAUGGACAUGAAUAUUUCAGCAAAACCUGUUCAGCUUGGGUGGAUGGAAUCUCCCAGUUCAUGCACAAGUCAGAUGGUGAUAUCUGUCAGCCUCUGCUGCCUCAUAUUAAAUGCCCAACACUAAUAAUACAUGGUGAGAAGGAUCCAUUGAUACCCCGUUUUCAUCCAGAAUACCUCCACAAGCAUAUCAAAGGCUCACGGUUGCAUUUCAUGCCUGAAGGAAAACAUAAUUUACACCUACGAUUUGCAGGAGAGUUUAACAAAAUGGUAGAAGACUUUCUUCUGUAAGGCACCUACUUCUUUGCUGUUCCUGAAAGACUGGUAUAGUUUAGCUGAAACUGGCAAUAUUGAACUGUACUCUUAAGGGUAAGAGUGUGACAAGGGGACUUGCAUUCUUUGCCCUGCCCAUAUUGUCCCCAAAUGGUAGCAAAGCUAAUAUAUACGAACAAUUCUGGGACAUAGGGUUUUUU